AUGGACUUGAAAGUGUACAAUGAAUUUAUUGAUUACUUACUUCGACAUAAUUAUUCAUCUGAAUUAACCUCACAACAAAAACAAAAAUUAGCAAGACAAGACAGAGAAAAAAUUUUAUAUAAUUUGCAUUCAUCUCCUUUGACAAAAUAUUUUGGUUUAAAGAAAACAAUAGAGAAUACAACAAGAAAAUAUUACUGGUCUGGUAUAAGAGCAGAUAUUAAAACAUAUAUUGAAUCUUGUAACAAAGCAAAAGUAAUAAAAGAAGCUACCGCUAAAGAAACUGCUAAGUCUCUUGCUAAAAGUUUACAGACCAGUGAAUUUAAUUGGGAUAAAUUAAUUUCAAGUAUUUUAUUUACAUAUAGAACAUUAAAACAAGAAUUUACAAAAUAUACUCCUUUUUAUCUUGUAUAUGGUAGAGAAGUACAACUACCAAUAGAUAUUGAAUUUCAAGACCAAGAACAAAAUUUAAAUCCAAUUGAAAAUUUUGAAGAAUUCUUAAAUAAAAGGAUUAUAGUUUCUGAAACAAAGACAAAAAGAAAACCAAUGAGCAAGUAUAUCAAAGAUACUUAUAAUGCUGAAUAUAAAUUAGAUCAAACUGUUAACAAUGAAGAGAAUUUUGAUACUCUUUUGAGAUUUACAAUUGAUCCAAGUAAAUCUAAUGGUCAGAAAAUACAAGCUUAUUUCAAAGUUUGGAAUUAA